GCCAUGCUGCUGUGGGUGCCGCAGGCGCUGCUUGCCUUGCUUCUGCCCACGCUCCUGGCCCAGGGAGAAGCCAAGCACAGGCGGGGCCCCCAGGCCCGGAAUGCCUCCAGGCCAGCUCUGCUGCGGCUGUCAGAUCACCUCCUGGCCAACUACAAGAAGGGUGUGCGGCCUGUGCGGGACUGGAGGACACCGACCACGGUGUCCAUUGAUGUCAUCGUCUACGCCAUCCUCAGCGUGGAUGAGAAGAAUCAGGUGCUGACCACGUACAUCUGGUACCGGCAGUACUGGACUGAUGAGUUUCUCCAGUGGAACCCUGAGGACUUUGACAACAUCACCAAGUUGUCCAUCCCCACGGACAGCAUCUGGGUCCCAGACAUCCUCAUCAACGAGUUUGUGGACGUGGGGAAGUCUCCAAAUAUCCCGUACGUGUAUGUCCGGCAUCAUGGAGAGGUCCAGAACUACAAGCCCCUCCAGGUGGUGACCGCCUGUAGCCUCGACAUCUACAACUUCCCCUUCGAUGUACAGAACUGCUCGCUGACCUUCACCAGCUGGCUGCACACCAUCCAGGACAUCAACCUCUCCCUGUGGCGCCUGCCGGAAAAGGUGAAACUGGACAGGAGCAUCUUCAUGAACCAGGGCGAGUGGGAGCUGCUGGGGGUGCUGACACAGUUUCGGGAGUUCAGUAUAGAAAGCAGCGACUGUUACGCAGAGAUGAAGUUCUAUGUGGUCAUCCGCCGGCGGCCCCUAUUCUACGCGGUCAGCCUGCUGCUGCCCAGUAUUUUCCUCAUGGUCAUGGACAUCGUAGGCUUCUACCUGCCCCCGGACAGUGGCGAGAGGGUCUCCUUCAAGAUCACGCUCCUCCUGGGCUACUCGGUCUUCCUGAUCAUUGUGUCCGACACACUGCCGGCCACGGCCAUCGGCACACCCCUCAUUGGUGUCUACUUCGUCGUGUGCAUGGCUCUUCUGGUGAUCAGCUUGGCCGAGACCAUCCUCAUCGUGCGGCUGGUACACAAGCAGAACCUGCAGCAGCCGGUGCCUGCCUGGCUGCGACACCUGGUCCUGGAGAGAGUCGCCCUGCUCCUCUGCCUAGGGGAACAGUCGACUUCCCGGAGGCCCCCAGCCACCUCCCAAGCUGCCAAGACCGAUGACUGCUCAGACAUGGCAAACCACUGCAGCCAUUUGGGGGGAUCCCGGGACUUGGAGAAGACCCCGAGGGGCAGUGGCAGCCCUCCCCCACCGCCGCGGGAGGCCUCCCUGGCGGUGCGUGGGCUGCUGCAGGAGCUGACCUCCAUCCGGCAUUUCCUGGAAAAACGGGAGGAGAGCCGAGAGGUGGCCCGGGAGUGGCUGCGCGUGGGCUCCGUGCUGGACAGGCUGCUCUUCCGCAUCUACCUGCUGGCGGUGCUGGCCUACAGCGUCACCCUGGUCACGCUCUGGUCCAUCUGGCAGUAUUCCUGA